AUGGCGAUUGAAUUAGAAAAAACACCAUCAUUAUAUCUUCCCUUCGACGUUGUUGAAAUCAUCCUGUUAAAAUUACCAUCGGUUAAAUCUCUUCUUCGAUUCAAAACAGUUUGCAAGUCAUGGAAUACGAUGAUCUCCGAUCAUGUAUUCGUCCGCAAACAUCUCGAAAAAUCGAAAAACUCCCCAAAUAAUAAUAAUCUCUUCCUAAGUACGUACAAGAGCAGUAUCCAAAGAUUUUCUUGGUUUAAAUUCGAAGGUCAAAGAUUCCACGCCGAACGAGUAGAGGAGAAUAUUCACUACAUCUACGACGUCAUACUAUGCGAAUGCAACGGCGUGCUACUCUUGAAGGAACCUCGGCGCUACACCAGAAAAUACGCGUUGUGGAAUCCGACUACACGAAACGUGAUGUAUUUCGAAGGCCCGCCUACAUUUAGACGAGAUGAAUUAGUGCAUGAUUAUGGGGUUUGUUACGAUGCGAUAACGGACGAUUUCAAGGUUGUCUUUGUUUACGAGAUGAAAUAUGCAAUUUACUCGUGUAACAACCGUUCUUGGAAGGAAAAGAAAACCCGCCUAGAGAUUGCUAAUUACGGUAGUCAUGCAGGAAUAUUCGUCGACGAAGCUAUCUAUUGGGUUUCGAAGACCGGACAAAUAUUGGUCGUGUAUUUCGAUCCAACAACCGACGAGCUCAAGACUUUGCAGAAGCCCGAAGUACUUAAUGGCGACGAAACGUCAACUAUUAGGAUAUCUUCUUUGAGAGGGAGUCUUUAUUUGUACUGCGACGACAGGGACGAGAACACGGUUCGAAUCUGGAUCAAGGAGAAGGGCGUUUUCGAGAAUUGUUGGAACGAGUAUAUAACAAUCGAGAAUUUGAUGUCUCGGAGUAAAUGGUGGCUCCAACCACUAUGUUUCGUGGGAAACGAGAUUUUAAUUCGAUUGGAUGGGAAACGAUUCGUGUACUAUAGCCCGUCCGAGAAGACGUUCGAAGAAUUUGAAGAGAUUGGUAUAUAUGGAUGUGAAAUUGUUCCUUAUACGAGUAGUCUCUAUUUCCCACAAGCUUCAUAUCUGGAUAUAUAG